AUGGCUUAUAAUCGCGCUGCGAUGGAUACCAGCAGCAACAACAACAGGAGCAGCGGCGGCGGCGGCAAUCGGGGUGGCGGUGGUUUGGGGUGGUGGACCCCGGAGGAGCUGCGGCGCGGCUACCUCGUCAUGAUGGAGACGUACGGGGACCUGAUGCGUCGCCGUGAGGACCGUGAGCGGCCUCCGGCGGCCCCAGGAACCGGUACGUCGAAGUCGGCGAGGCGUCGGCGCCGCAAGGCAGCCAAGAGGCGAGCAGAGAGGGAGAAGAAGGAGGAGGAGGAGAGGUUGGAGAAGAUGGAGGACGAGAAGGAGGACGAGAAGGAGGACGAGAAGGAGGACGAGAAGGAGGACGAGGACAAGAAAGAGGAGGAGAAGGAGGAUGAGAGCGAGGAGGGUGUUGUGGGUGGUGUGGCCACGCCCCGCCACUAUCCCUAG